GAUGUAUCUGCCAUCAGCUCGUCAUCCCUGCCUUCCAGUCAACCUGCGCACGUUACAAACACAGACCGCUUGUUCCAUCUAAAAUCUACAGCCAUGGCAGAUCCAAGAAUACGGCAAAUUAAGAUCAAAACCGGCAUCGUGAGGAGGCUGGCGAAGGAGAAGAUUUCAUACGUGAAGGAGGCGAAGCAGCAGGAGGAGAAGGUGGAGCGCAUGAAGGCGGAGAAGGGAGACGAGUACGUCCUCAGGAAGCAGAUCGAGGUUUUGCAAGAGUCCCACAUGAUGGUCCCGGACUGCCACCGACGUCUGACCGUCGCACACGCGGACCUGCUCCAGUUAUUAGAAACAGAAGAGGAUUUGGGCGAAUCAGAGGAGUACAAAGAGGCUAGAAACAUAUUAGACUCGGUGAAGCUUGAAGGAUGAUUUCUGAUCUGUUUUCUGUUCUCACUGUGAGAUUCACUUGCUUCUUUAAAUGUCCAUUCCUUUUCGUCAGGCCCUGUUUGGAAAAACCUGCCGAGGGGGCGAACUGAAUCCAUUCUCUGUUCUCGACGUGAUUAUUUUCUCCUGUUUACCGUUAACGUGCCACCGCGUUUGAUCACGCUCCUCCUGGGUGUGUAAAAAAAAAAUAAUAAUCACACAAGCGCACGAUAAAACAUUCGGUUUAUCACGGCAGAGGAGUCAAGGUUUUUUUUGGGGGUAUUAUUUCUCAUACUGAUGCACAAUCUGGACUCCAAAAGACACAAUUAAAUACACACGCCUUAUGUUUGUCUUUAUGAUCAUCACUUUUAAUGGUGUGGGUCCACUGCUGGAUUGAUUUAAAACACUGUAAUCGGUUUACAUUAAUACUUUUUCUGAAUAAUAUUUUUUGCAUUCCUUUUGUAUAUGCAUAUUAAAGGAGGAAUAAAAAAAGCUUGAGCCUGCAGGAUGUUUAUUGGCUCUGGCUGACGAUGCAUCCCAGAAUAUUUAAGUAACGACUAUAUGCAUUCUUUCGAUUGAUUGAUCGUUUAUGAAAUGACAGGAAGAGGGGAAAAAAGUGACACGUUUCCUUUUUAAUUUGUGUCGUGUGUCCAAAACAUGGAUAUAUAUUCAACUUUAGUGACGUAAAAACAACAAAUAAUCAUAUUUGUAAAACUUUUAAACAACAACUGUUUCUUUUUUUUCUUUUUCCGAUCAUUUUCAAAAAUGUGUAAUUUUCUUUCUCUCUGUAAUCGAUUAAUAAACUGAUGGUUUCAAUGCUUAA